AUGAAAACAAACAAUAAGAAAAUUUUUCCGUCUAAUACUUAAAAUUACUAAUCCGUUCCUUAAUUGGAGCAUGACAACGGGUCUACUUACAAAAUGCAUUAAUCCACAGUUUCAAAGCCUCCACUUUCCAUAGUUCCAAGUGAAGCAAAUUAAAGUUACUAUCAAAUUAUAGAAAAAAAUAAAUUGCUAUACCUUGAUUAUUAUAGUCAAUACAAUGACAUGAAAUUUAUGGAGAAUAUGGCAAGUUUGAGACCUAAACCUGAAAAGCUAACUUUAUUGGAAAAUUUUCUCAAUAUGUUUGAGGACAUGAUAUCUUGUCUUAUAGUCAUUCAAAAUACUUUACUUCUUAUGAACUUUGACGCCCCUGAUUUUGCAUAAACGUAUGGCUACUUGCCAAAUAUAAUGGCUGAUAUUUUGAAUAAAGACAUUAAAACUUUAGAGGGACUGCAUUUAGAAAUAGAGUUUUAAUCAUCACUAAGAUUUUUAGAAACUGUGCUAGAAGCAUUGCAAUUUAAUUCUGAAUAAGCUAAUAAAAUACAUCAACUUGACGUCAAAGCUUGGUCAUAAAAAUGCUUUAAUCAUCUCAAUAGCUACAUAGGCAAUUUAUAAAAAUCUUAAGUAUCUUAAACUACAAUACUAUGUCCUUGUUUUAAAUGA